AUGUCUGCAUUUAUAUUAAUUGGUAUUGGUUGUGAUGAUAUAUUUGUAUUUUUUGAUAUAUGGAAUCAAGAAAAACUAGAAUGGUUAAAAAAAUAUCAAAAUAAACUAUUAACUGAAAGUAAAUUUUAUUUUAUUUAUUUUAAUAAAUUAUUUAUUUCAUUAAUUGUAGAUCCAAAUAUGUUAUUAAAUUCUACAAAUAUUCAUAAUAAUAUACCUUCAAAUCAACAAAAAAAGAAUCCAAACAAAUUAAAAAGAUCAUCUUCUCAUCAAUUAUUUUUAUUUAAACAUUCUGAAGAAAUUCGUAAAAUAUUAUUAAGUGAAGAAGCAUUAAUAGAAAUAAUGUCAAAUACAUUAAAACAUGCUGGUUCAUCAAUGUUUGUUACAUCAUUUACAACAUCAGCUGCUUUUUUUACAAAUAUAUUAACUAAUAUUUCAUUUAUUCAAGUAUUUGGAAUUUUUAUUGGAACAUGUGUUUUAAUUUAUUUUGCUAUUACAUUUACUGCAAUUGCUGCUUUUGCUAUUAUUUAUGAAAAGUAUAUUCAAAAUAUGAUAUCUCAUGUACUUUCAAUGUGUUGUACUGAUUUUGUCAAUAAAUCAGCAAAUAGUGUACUAACGAAAUUAGAUUAUCGUUUUUCAUCAGUUUGUAGAGCUUGUCGACAUUAUAUUUUUGGUCGUUUUAUGCCAUUAAUAAUUUUUAAAUUACGUUAUGUAUUAGUAUUUAAUUUUCUUCUUAUUGGUAUUCUAGGUCUUAUUGGUAGUUUUUACUAUCCUAAAUUAAACGUACCAUCAACACAAAAAACUGCUUUAUUUUUAAAAGAUAAUCCAAU